AUGGCCACAGAGACCCUGACGAAGCUCACGGAGCAGAAGCAGUCUCUGCAGGAGAAGCUCGAGGCCGAGAGCGAGCAGGCCAGCAGCCUCCAGGAGAAGAUUUCGACCAUGGAGGUGGACGUGUUCUCGAAGCGCCAGGAUAUGGCAACACAUGGUGGUGUCAACGCCUCUCUGGACAACACGAAGGCCGUGGCCAAGCAGAUACGCGUGUUGGAGAACCGGCUAGACAAGGGGCUGCAGAAGUUCAACGAGGCGAUCGCUGCAAACAGGUCACUGCGCGAGCAGAUCGACACCCUACGGCGAGAGCGCGUUGUCUUUGACGACAUCUACCGCAAGCUCGAGAACGAGUUGCAGUCAAAAAAGAAGGACUCCCUCCUCCCUGAUGGCCAACAUCAUUGA